AAAACUAAAAUAGAGCAUCUUCAGUGAGUCUGACGGAGCAACAAUCAACCCAAAAAAGACAGUCUGGUAUUCAGCAUGCGCGCCCUGGUGGUUUUUCCUCUACUCUUGUGUGCAGUGGUAUGUGUGAACCAGGCGAGAGCAGAAGUGAACCCAGUGAAGCUCUGUGGUCGGGAGUUCCUGAGGGCUGUCGUCUACACCUGCGGAGGCUCACGUUGGAGGAGAUUCUUCAGUGAGCCAGACAUGAAUGGUUUGCCUACAGGAGAGCAGAGCCUGGAGAGCCUCAGCAGCCCAGGCUCAGAGUGGACCAAACGGGACAUAAAUAACAUGGUGACCACCAUGUGCUGUCAGGUUGGCUGCAGAAAGAGUGACCUUACUUACCUCUGCUGAUGAUGACCCCUUGCUUCUUAUUUUCAUCCUCAAAAUGACCAAAAAGGACUUUGUUCUCUCCCAUCUUGCCUUACUUUUAAAAGAAAUUAAAUCUGAGAAAACCAAACCUGAAUCACAUGCUGACUUUUAACAAUAUGAUCGCUGUACGAUUUGUGAUGUCUAUACAUGUGAAUGUGGGGAAUAUGUAAAUGUGUAUGUUUGUACCUUUGCUGGGAGAUGCGUAUAACCAUAAAUAUACAUUUCAAAUAGGAGAUACAAGAGCGUGCAGGACUGUACCGCUUGCAGAUCAGAUUCUGUGUAAAGAGAAAGCAUUUCAGCCCAGGCUAUUUCCUGCACAUGUGUGUAGAGUAAAUCCACAGAGUAAAAGUUCUGUAGAAUUUCCAUCUCUGCUCUGUGUUCAUAAGAAACUUGAACUGUGUUCUAUCACUUCACCAUUGUCAAA